AUGCCUUCAGGCUACGAAAUACCGGUACUCGGAUACGGCGUGUAUCAAACGCCGGCGGACGUAGCAGAAGAUGUAACGGAACAUGCGAUUAAGUGUGGAUACAGACACGUGGACUCUGCCACAGUCUACCGUAAUGAGCAACCCUCAGCAGCCGGUAUGCUGAGAGCCGGAGUACCACGAGACCAGCUGUUCUUCACAUCCAAAGUCCCACCUCGUAGCAUCAACUACAACGAUGCUAGAGCUGCCAUCUCCGAAAGCUUGAAGAAGACAGGUUUGGAUUACAUUGAUCUGUACCUUUUGCACGCGCCGUACGGUGGGACGGAGGGACGGCUCGGAGCAUGGCGAGCGCUGGUUGAGGCAGUCGAAGAGGGCAAAGUCCGCUCGAUUGGCGUGUCGAACUUUGGUGUUCACCAUCUAGACGAGCUGGAGCAAUGGCAAAAGGUACGUCGACGUAACCUUGGUCGGUUGGUUCGUGCUAAUAGCGAGGUACAGCAACAAUCCAAGGCUAAAGCAGGCAUCCUCUCCGUGAACCAAAUCGAGCUCCACCCGUGGCUGGCCAGACCGGAUAUCGUCAAAUGGUGCGAGCAGCGUGGCGUAGUGCUAGAGGCCUACUCCCCGCUCGCUCGCAGCACGAGGAUGAACGAACCGAUACUCAAGCAAUUAGGCGAGAAAUACAAUAAGACGCCGGCACAGAUCAUGCUACGAUGGGGCCUGCAGAAAGGCUUCGUGAUCUUACCCAAGAGUGUGACCCCUUCUCGCAUUGAAGAGAACAAAGACUUGUACGACUUUGAGCUGUCGAAAGAGGACAUGGCGAGUUUGAACACCGGGAAAUACGAGCCGUCAACUUGGGACCCAACGACUUCGCCUCUUGGUUCGUAG